AUGGAUGCCAAAGAAAUUGAACUGAAAGCAAAGGCCCUGACAAAGGCUGCAACUCAGAACGAGCCUGCGUCCAAUAUCGUAUCACUCCUAAAGGAGCUGCAACAAGGCGUGAAGGCUACAGAGGAUUUACUGCGAUCCACCCGCGUUGGGAUUAUCGUCAACAAGUUCAAGCAACACAAGUCACCCGAAGUCGCGCGCCUGUCGAGUGAGAUUGUAUCCAAAUGGCGAAACGAGGUCAACAAGCAGAAGGCCGGUGGGUCAGCUUCAGCCAGCCAACGAUCGAGCGGAUCUCCACGCCCAGCCCAGCACGGAACCGCCUCGCCCGCCGGGUCGACUCCCUCGGAUAAGCUGUCCAAGCUCUCAGUCCCUCCGGAUAAGCGGACGUGGAAAGCGGACGGGGUUGAUGUCAAUCAGACAGGGAACCGUGCCCGUGACAACUGUAUUGGACUCAUGUAUGAUGGGCUGUGUUUCAACUCUACAGAACCCCCAAGAGUUGUGCUGUCCAAGGCCGCAGCCGUGGAAGCAGCCGCCUACAGCGCCUUCGGUCCGGAAACAAAAGAGCCAUACCGCACGAAGAUCCGUAGUCUAUUUCAAAACCUCAAGAACAAGUCCAACCCAAUGCUUCGCGUGCGUGUGUUGGGCAACGAAGUCACCCCGGAAUACUUUGUGAAGAUGACCCACGACGAGCUCCGAUCCGCUGAACAGCGCGAGCAGGACCGCAAGAUUCAGAAGGAAAACAUGGACAAGGCCAUGGUGGCCCAGGCAGAACGCAGUAUCAGUACCAGCUUGCAGUGUGGCAAGUGCGGCCAGCGCAAGGUGACCUAUACCGAAGCCCAGACCCGGAGUGCUGAUGAACCUAUGACGCUGUUCUGUACAUCCCCCUUCCUCGGCCGCACAUUCACCGGCCCAGACGGCAUCCGGGCGUACUUCCGCUUACUGGGGGAGCUCCUUCUCAUCGACGCGACCUGGGGCGGUGGACGUGGAGAAGAUGGUUGUUGUGUUGUAUGA